UUCCAAUCCCCUCCAUAUCAUGUGAUUCAGGUGUUCCAAUCCCCUCCCCAAUCAUGUGAUUCAGGUGUUCCAAUCCCCUCCAUGGACACAGGUGUAUACAAUCAAGCCCCUAGGCAUGCAGACGCUUCUACAAACAUUGGUGAAAGAAUGGGUCGCUCUCAGGAGCUCAGUGACUCCAAGCGUGGUCCCGUGAUAGGUGGCCACCUGGGCAAUAAGUCCAUCCGGACAUUUCCUGGCUACUAAAUAUUCCACGCUCAACUGUUAGUGGGAUUAUAACAAAGUGGAAGCAACUGGGAACAACAGCCACUCAGCCA